CUAGGGCGCGAGGGAAGAGGCUGGCGGGGGGCGAGGGGGCGUGCACGUGAAUAGGCUGGCCGGAUCUCUGGCAUGGCCGAGGCCAGGAAGCGGCGGGAGCUGCUUCCCCUCAUCUACAAUCAUCUGCUGCAGGCUGGUUACGUCCGCGCGGCGCGGGAAGUGAAGGAGCAGAGCGGCCAGAAGAGUUUCCUGACUCAGCCCGUCACUCUUCUGGACAUCUAUACACACUGGCAACAGACCUCAGAGCUUGGCCAGAAGCAGAAGGCAAAGGACGAUGCUGCGCUGCAAGCCAAGAAGUCCCGGGUGUCAGACCCCAUUAGCAGCUCGGAGAGCUCGGAGGAGGAAGGAGAGGAGGCAGAAACCGAAACUGCCAAUGCCACCCCAAGACCGAUAUCUGUCAAUUCCUCGGCCACGGCUGCAGAGUUACCAUCAAGCAUGAAGGAAAAGGCCCAGGCAAAGACCAAGAUGACGAACUCUGUGCUGCACCCCGCAUCAGGAAAGGCAGUGGUCCACCUGCUCUCUGGGAAGUUACCCAAGAAGUCAGCAGAGCCCUCGGUAAACACUGUCUUGGCCUCGGAAACCGAGGAGGAGGGCAGCGUUAAAGCCCACGGAGCCACUACCAAGCCUGGGAUAUUGUCAGCCAGCCAAGUCAGCAGCUCCAGUGAAGACACCUCGAGCUCCAGUGAUGAGACAGAUGUAGAGGUGAAGCCUUCAGUAAAACCAGCCCAGACCAAAGCUUCCUCAGCCCCUGCCAAGGAGUCUCCAGCAAAAACAGCUCCAGGCCCUACCAAGUUAGGGAGUGUGACUCCGCGCCUCCAGGAAAGCACACCAGCUGUACUGGCAAGGAGCGUAGGCACAGAAACAUUGGAGAGCAGUGAGGAGGACUCUGAGAGUGAGGACAAGCCCCCUGCUGGGAUUCCCAGCCAGGUAAAGACCUCUGGAAAAGUUCCUCAUGCCGGAGCUGCCUCAGUCGCUGCCAAGGGGAUCUCUGGGAAAGGGCCCAUCUCAGCAGGGAAAGAGAAGCUUGGGCCCAUAGCCACCCAAGCCAAGGCAGGAAGGCCAGAGAAAGAUACAGAGAGCAGCAGUGAGGACGAUUCUGACAGUGAGAAUGAGGAGCCAGUUGCUGUGACCACGCCUCAGCAGGCGAGGCCUUCCGGGAAGAACCUUCAGGUCAGGGGUACCUCAGUUCCUGCCAAGGGGUCCUCCCAGAAAGGGGCUCCUCCAGUCACCCCGGGGAAGGCAGGGCCUGCAGCAGCCCAGGCCCGGGCAGCAAAGCCAGACGACUCGGACAGCAGCAGUGAGGAGUCAGAGAGCAACAGUGUAAAGACACCAGUGGCUGUGGCCCUAAGCACAAGUCCUGCCCAGAUGAAACCUUUGGGGAAAAGCCCCCAGGUCAGACCUGCUUCCGCUGUCAGCCUGGGGUCCUCAGGAAAAGGCGCCCACCCACCCUGCCCUGGGAAGGCAGGCUCGGCAGCAAUCAGGGUCCAGAUGGGAAAGGUCGGAGAGGACUCAGACAGCAGCAGUGAGGAGGAGUCUGACGACGAUGGGGCUGUGGCCGCAGCAAAGGCAAAGGCUUUGGGGAUAAGGGCCACUCCUGCACUCCCUCAGAAGGUGGGGUCUGUGACCACCCAGGUCAAGACUGAAAGGCGUACAGAAGACUCGGAGAGCAGCGAGGAGUCGAGUGACAGUGAGGAGGAAACAGCACCAGCAGCUCCAACCCCGGCUCAGGCCAAACCAGCUCUGGAAAAACAGACAAAGGCUUCCCCUAGGAAAGGCACCCCCGCCACCCCUGCAUCUACCAUGGUUGCCCCUGUGCAAGUGAGCACCUCAUCCUCUAGUGAGGAAGAGUCAGGAGCUGCUCCUGGUACCAUGAAGGUGGUACAGGGGAAGUCUGUUGCAAAAGGCCUCCAGGGGAAAGCUGCCUUGGGACAAGGGGUGGCCCUAGUGCACCCUGGGAGGACAGGGUCUGCAGUUGCCCAGGUCAGGGCUACAACUCAGGAAGACUCAGAGGACAGCGAGGAAGAAUCCAGCAGUGAAGAAGAUGAGACCCCAGCACAGGCCAAGCCCUUGGGGAAACCUCCUCAGGCCAAAGCCAACCCACCUAAGACAUCUCCAGCCAAAGGACCAGUGUCUGCCUCUGGGAAAGUGAGCACUGCAGGCGCUGCAGCAAAGCAGGAGGUCCCUUCCAAGGGGAAACCGCCUGCUAGUACUGUUCAGAACAGUGCUGUCUCUGCAAAGGGCCAGCGAUCGGCUCCAGCUGCAGGAAAAGCAGGGGCUCCAGCAACCCAAGCACAGAAAGGGCCAGUGGCUGGAGCAGGAGCGGGGAAGAGCUCAGAGAGCAGCAGUGAAGAGGAAUCAGACAGUGAGGAAGAGGCGCCGACCCAGAUAAAACCUGUGGGGAAGACCUCUCAGGUCAGAGCUGCCUCAGCCCCUGCCAAGGAGUCUCCUAGAAAAGGGGGCCAACUAGGAACUGCCAACAAGACAGGACCUACAGCUACCCAGGCCCAGAAGAGGAAGAUGGAGGACUCAGAGAGCAGUAGUGAGGAAUCCGACAGUGAUGGGCAGAUGCCGUCAGCCGUCACCCCAGCCAAGGUCCUGUCCCCUCCGAAGGAUGGUACCUCCCAGCCUGCCUUGAGCAGGGCCCCAGCACCAGCACCCCCAGAGAAGAGCACAGAAGAGUCCUCAGAGAGCAGUGAUGAGGAGCUGCCGUCCGCCCAGGCAAUUAAAUCCCCUCUGAUUUCUGUCAACCCCAAUCGUAGUCCAGCUGGUCCAGCUGCUACCCCCACACAAAUCCAGGCUGUGAACACCUCGAGGAAAGCCCAGGCCUCAGGCUCCACAGCCCAGAGCUCCUCCUCUGAAAGUGAGGAUGAGGACAUGAUUCCUGCCACACAACCCUCCAUUCUUGCCCUUAGAGCCAAUGUGGUGACUGUGCCCACGUCCCUCCCACGGACAGCCCCCCAGCCCAGCAAAAGUGAGCAGUCUAGUCGGGCGCCAAAAGGCAAGAAACCAAAGGCAGCGUCCACUCAGAUCAGCAGUGCCUUGGAAACACUCCCCGUGACUCCCCAGAGCAAACCUGUCCAGUCCAAAGCAGCCAAUAAGCUCAGAAAACCCAAACUUCCUGAGAAGCAGCAGCCUCCCUCGGGCUCUCCCAGACCCUCCACAAGUUCAAGUGACAGCAGUGACAUCUCUUCAGGGAGCGAGGAAGAUGCCAAGAGACCCCAGAUGGCCAAGUCAGCUCCCAGACUGGAUCCGGGCCUUUCCCAGAAGGAGACUGUGGUGGAGGAGACCCCAGCUGAAUCCAGCGAAGAUGAGUUGGUGGCCCCCUCACAGUCUCUCCUCUCAGGUUAUGUGACUCCUGGGGUGACUGUGGCCGAUUCCCAGACUUCAAAAGCCACUCUUAGGUCAGAUUCCUCCAACUCCUUGGUUUCCUCUGCUCCGGUCACCAAAGAUAACCCAGAUGGCAAACAGAAAGCAAAAUCCCAGAAUGCAGCAGACUCCACGUUCCCCAAAACCGGUAGGAAAGAGCCCUCUUCAGGCUCCACACCUCAGAAGUCCAAAAAGGCCAAGAAAAGCUCCUGGACCACACAGGCUCUACAGGACAGCAUCACCCAGCGCCUCCGGGAGCAGCCCUGGCCCCUGAGCGAGGCGCAGGUGCAGGCCUCUGUGGUGAAGGUCCUGGCAGAACUGCUGGAGCAGGAAAGGCGGAAGACCACAGAGAUCGCCAAGGAGAAUAAGAAGAAGGGCCGGAAGCGGAAGCUUUCGGAGGACCAGUUAGCAGCUGGGGCCCCAAAGAGCAAGAAGAAGCAUCUGGAGGAUGGAGCCGGUGCCAUCACCCCAGAAAAGACUUCCAAGGCAAAAUCCAAGCUAGACAAAGUGAAUGCUGAUGGCAAGGGGAAGGGGUCACCUGGCUCCCGAGGGGCUAAGGAGAAGCCCAAAAGUGAGCUGGGGUUAAAGGUUGAGAGCCGAGAGCAGAGUGACUCAAAGAGCAAGAAGGACAAGAAGAAAUCCAGUAAGAAAAAAAAAGACAAGGAAAAAAAGGAAAAGAAGAAAGGCAAAAAGACCUCAGCCAAAGACCCUGAGUCAAUACAGAAGAAAAAGAAAAAAAAGGUGAAAAAGAAGGCAGCCGAGCUUGCCGUGUGAGGGCCAGCACAUAGAACAGAGUCUUGUCGGUGUGACUGUUCCUGACCUCUGAGCUCUGGCCAGAGUAAUCUGGGACUGGACUUGUUAACUUGCCUCCCUCAACAGAAGAUGAUGGCCAGCUCCAGCAUGUACUGCCGGCCAAGCCGGUGGACCUGCAAGGGAGAACCUGCAAGGGGGUGGCAGUCCAGGAGGAAGUGGGAUGAAACACGCCCACCCCCUCCAAGUGCUGCAUAAGAUGUGUACAGUAUAUAUAUAUAUUUUAAGUGACUGCCUCUCUCCCUUCAAAUCCAACAUGCCCGAAGGCCUCAGGACCUCCAUCUCUGCACUGCAGACCCACGAGGUCCUGCUUGUAGUUCAUCCUGUUCCCUGGAUUCCAGGCCUAUCCCAAGGCCUUGUCCUAUCAAUUUUCCAGCUGUUUGGGGUUUGUUUGAUUUUUUUUUUUUUUAAGAACUCAAAAUAAAAGACUUUAAAGAUUUGCAUUUA